CUGACGCUCAACUUAUGCAUCGUGAUGAGCCCGCGGACGGAAGUUUGCAUUUUUUGUGAAACUAUUUGAGUACACAUUCAAUUUUUUCUUUUCAUUCAGACUGGAGGGCUCAUUUUAAAACCAGAUCAACCCCUGCAUAAUAGAAAUUAUUUGCUAUUGGCGUGGGUAAUCCAAGGGAAAGAACCAUAUUUCAUCAACUCUGAAAAUGCCUCCUCUUUUCGCUUUGUUGGUAUUUUUCCUGAGGGCUGCGGAGCCACGACACGUCGGCCCUCGUAACACAGUGCCGAGGACCCAGGAGAGGGACUGGGCAGCAGGUGCACCUAGCUCGGGGGCCGGGGAGUCAGACAUUGGGUUAAAUCUGAAUCAGAUUGUAGGAGACGAUAUGGGAUAUAUCGUAUCCAUGAUGCAUAAAUUAGACGAUAAGCCAAAAAGAAUACCCCGGGGCGCCAAAGAUGGAAGCUCAAGAAAACGGGAUCAGCAGUCUCCCCACAGCUACCAGCACCCCAGACCGUAUGAACCGGAUGGCUACUUCACAACACCCAGGGGCGCACACCUGGCCAACAGCACCCCGGACAAGGACGACAGAUCCUUUGGGAACACUUACAACGGCGCGGUGCUGCUCCACAACCCCCUCUAUCCAGUAACCGACAGCUCCUACUGGGCUUACGCGGUGAUGCUUCUCGCGCUCAUUCUAUUUGCCAUGGGAAUUGUCGGAAAUCUCGCGCUAAUGUGUAUAGUUUGGCACAAUUAUUACCUGAAGAGUGCAUGGAACUGCAUCCUGGCAAGUCUGGCGUUCUGGGAUUUCCUUGUGCUCUUCUUUUGUCUGCCCGUGGUCAUCUUCAACGAGCUCACAAAGAGACGUUUGCUAGGGGACCUGUCGUGCCGGAUCGUGCCCUACAUGGAGGUAACCUCCUUGGGAAUCACUACCUUCAGUCUGUGCGCGUUGAGCAUUGACCGGUUCCACGCAGCGACCAGCCCCCAGCCCCAGUCCCCGCGGGUCGAGCCCUGCCAGUCCAUCCUGUCCAAGCUGUCCGUGGUCUGGGUCGGCUCCAUGGUCCUGGCCGCUCCGGAGCUCCUCCUGUGGCAACUCAGCCAGGAGGCGUCCGUCCAGCCAGGCGGCUACGUGGUGGACCAGUGUGUCCGGAGGCCCUCGCUGAGCCUGCCGGAGUCGGUCUACUCCCUGGUUCUGACGUACCACGAGGCCCGGAUGUGGUGGUACUUCGGCUGCUACUUCUGCCUGCCGCUGCUCUUCACCCUGGCCUGCCAGCUGGUCACCCGACACGUUGUUGCAGAGGAGGAGCGGAGAAAACAGGGGAGCAGCACCGUCGCAGGAGGAAGACGAGUGCACCCCUCCUCCUCCUCGUCCGCCUCCUCUUCGUCGUCCGCCUCCUCUCCCAAGAAGCAGCAGCUGACGAGAGAGCGCCGUUUGAGUUCCAUGGUGGUGGCGUUGGCCACCGUCUACGCCGCGUGCAACCUGCCUGAGAACGUGUGUAACAUCGCCCUUGCCUACCUCCCCAACCCGGUAUCCACCACCACCGAGGCCCUGUUGGCUCUGAUUGGCCAGUUGUUGUUGUUCACCCGUUGCUCGGCGACACCGGUUCUGCUCCUGUGCCUGUGUCGUUCCCUGGGCCAGGCCUUCAUGGACUGCUGCUGUUGCUGCUGCGAGGAGUGUUUACCCGACGGAGCAUCUUCAUCGUCCUCCUCCUCCUCCACUACCGCCACUGCAGUGUCCGCCUCCCCGUCGUCCCUCUCCUCCCCGUCCUCCCUCUCACCACCCUCCACCAAGGAGGAGAAAUUGAACAUCGUGUCUGGGACCACACCAGCCAUUUACUACGACAAGGCCAGAGACAGCUCCUCUGUCUUGGCCAUCGGGACGCCCUGCUGAGACCCUCGCCCCUGUCCUCUCCAUGCCCAGCCAGGGCUCAUGUUAUUGGGUGGCAAAGAGUGACCAAGCUACACAUAGAACCACUCCAGCUUAUCUCCGCCACACUGGCUGCGCUAGGCAUUGGACUGAAUUGAGAGAAAGGUCUCUAAAAUCGGUACUUAGAGAAAAACCACGUCGACUGUUUUUUUUCUAAUGAGGAGACUUAAGAUUACAGGUAGGCACAGAACUAUUUCAUACAGCAUCAGGCAGAGCAGGACAUAUUCCUGCUUAAUGACACCUCUUGAGUUUAAUGUAUUUUUUUGACAGAGACUUUUGUUUACGGACAAGUUAACGCGUGGCUAGGGAUUUGUCUUCAACCUCACCCAGCCCUGAGAUAUCAAGGUUACCAGAGACAGUGUGCUGUGACAUGAGGCAACAUAUCAAUUAUAGUGGUGCCGUUGAAUGCUUUUUGAUCUAGAGCUGUAACCACUCAAGUAAACUUUUCUAGACUUUUUUACUUGUUUCAAUACUCUUUUGAUUAAAAAAAAUUAUAAUGAGAAAGAGAAAAACAAAUACCCAAUAAUUAUCCUGACAGAAAAGCAGUUAUCUUAGCUGCGAAUAAUGGUCUGGAUUCUUGGUAUGUUUUCUUUUUAAAGUGUUGUACUAGUGGAGAUUAGCAACAGAAAGAGCCAUUGAGGAGUCCUUUGACUGUGUCUGAGGGCGGACUGUCCCUCUCUAACCUCUCUAUGACUCCUGCCCUUCUCUCCGUCUCACAGUGAGCCACAACAGAAGGAUUGUACUACAAAGGUACUGGUCAGACCCCACAUCAUUACAUCCACCCCCACCACCGGUUGCUUGUUACUAACAGAUAAAAUAUUAUUUGUAAUGAGCUGACUAACUAACAACCACUAUAGAGCAGUCUCCUACAAUUUCCCAUCAGCCAUUGUGAAUGUGAAUAUACAGUGGGGUCUUAAUCAGCUGUCUGGUGUGUUAACAAUUCACUUUUGUGUUACAGCGUUGUUAGUUCUGUAGUUCAGGGUUUUCUCAGAAUUGUGCUCCUCAAGAAACAAACUAAUACCCGGGCAUCUUCUGCAAACAUAACAUUGCUCGGGGCCAACAUCCACAAAGUGUCUCACAGUAAGAUUGCUGACCUAGCAAACGUUUGGCCUUUUAAAUCAUAAUGGCUAAUAUUAUUUACAGAAAUCCUUGAUCAGCACUUCAAAAUCUUUUUACUGGUGAAUGGUAUUAAUGGUAAAUAUUAACAUAUUUUAAGGUAAGCAUUUGUCCAUAGAAUAGAUUGUGUCAAUGUAAAUCAAAAAAGAACCUAACCAAUCCCUAUGAAAAUGGUGAAUUUGUGUCCAGUACAAUCAGACUUAUACCAUGCCGAUAUAUUUUGUUUUACGGUCAUGUGACGUAACCAGACAACUUCAGUCUGCUCAGACCGUGGGAUCCAAUGAACAACUUUGAUUGUCCUCGAUAUUACACUGUACUGUACAUUAUCUACCAUGUUUACUUCUGUAAAAGUAGAUCAUUAAAAACAUGAAUGUAGUAAAAAAAAAAAUAUAUAUAUAUAUAUAGUUUAUUAAUGAAACCAUUGCAUAUCUUUAGAAUCGGGAUGUAUACUAUUGUAUUUUGAAAAUACUGAAGUGAAGUCUGAUUUGAAUUUAACAUAGUGUAUCAGAGGUAGUAUGCAGAACUGACUGUAUAUUUCUUGUUUUGUAUGUUCUUAUUCAGCUGUACUCA